AAAUAGAAAUUACCACCAAACGAUCGACAAGUGUUCAUUCUAAAAAACACUCGCAACUCAAACGAUCUUCUGUAGAGAGCACAGUCGUGGACUGCAGUCAGCUGAUAGUAUMGUAGGAUUUUUCCAUCCUUGCCUUAACAACUCAAGCGUCAGCAACAACACUAGUAAUUUGGAGAAGUAGGAGGAACGAGACGAGGAUCGUUUUCUAAUUAUUAUAAUUCUUGGUUCAGGAAAAAAUCAGAAGCCGUGAUGAUGAUGGUGUUCCAAGGGAAUGAUCAGUUUCGCGCUUCGCCGAGUCCACCACCAACAAGUGUUAUCUCGUCAGCCCUCGAUGAUCAGCCUGAAAGCGCAUCGGAGAGCAAGAAGAAAAGUGACCUACAACACGUCAAACGUCCUAUGAACGCAUUUAUGGUAUGGAGUCAGAUUGAACGCAGGAAGAUGGCCGAGGAACAUCCUGAUAUGCACAACGCAGAAAUUAGCAAGCGACUGGGCAAACGCUGGAAGCUGCUAUCUGAAACUGAGAAGAGGCCAUUUGUAGAGGAAUCAGAACGACUGAGAAUUCGUCACAUGCAAGCUUAUCCAGAUUAUAAGUAUCGUCCACGCAAGAAAAAGCAGCCCGCCAAAGCGAAACCCGGGUCCACGGAGGCCAAAACAACAAUCUGUAGUAGUAAUAGUAAGGACACUGGUAUUYCAAAAAAUAUCCACGUCGCUUUAGGCACCAAGCGAGAGGCACUACCUGGAUCACAUACGUAUCAUGGAUUAACCUCUAAUAAGAAGUUUACGACUGGUGAGGCAAGCUAUAAGAAAGCGCGCCGUGAUUUAGUSUCUCCGAUCACGCCGCCUCCAAACGUUCCUGAUUCCGUCGGCGUGACUCCAGAAGAUCCCAUAGAUCAGCUAUCCCUCUAUGAAGAUUUCGAGCAAGCGUUCAAGAGUGAACAGACCCAACCGCAACUCAGCAACAACAUCGGGAAUCAUCAUCUACACGGUCAAAACCAACAGAUACCAAGUGCCUGGCCAAACUUAGAACUGACUAACUUGAAUCUUAAUAAUCUUCCAGUGUCGCCUCUCUUUGACAUGUCAGGGGCGAAUAGCGGGCAGUUUGACUUUCCCGAUUUAUACACACCACCAGAAGUAUCAGAACUUAUACAAGGACAGUGGAUUGAAAAUAGUCUAGGACAAUUGUAGUUUAUAAGUAAUACUUAUUUUUUGUUUGCUUUUCUAGCUAUUUUGAAAUCAAGGUCGUUGAUGCUCGUGAGUUUUCUUUAUACAAACGGGACGAGGUCUUGUUAUGUAAGACUUUUGGAUUUUUAUGGUCCCCAAAUUUUAUAUAACUUCGAAAGCCUAUUAGCUGUCUUUAUACAAACGGGACAAAGUCUUUGGCUUGUAUUUUUUAUAGUUCCUCUAAUCAAGCAUUUUAUAUAUCUGCUAAAACUGAAUUGCCCAUUUUUCUAUCAGCUAUUCUUGAGAUAUGAAUAUUUUUCUUCUAACUGAAGACGAAUUUGUUUUGUAACUACUAUCGUAUUCUCGUUUUAGAGAGGCUAUCGUGACUUGAACAACAACGUAUUACACAAGAUGUAUUUUUACCAAAAUUUGCUGCCUUUGGAAUGCUAGGAAAAGGAUAGCAUAUUGUAAAUAUCAGAAAAGGAAAAAACAACGAAAAUAUAAAUAUUCUUAUGAACUA